GUACAUUUUUUAACAAAAAAUAACAAAGAUUAUUAAUGCUAAGAAAGAUGAAUAAAUCUACUUCUUAAUUGUUUAAUAGGUGUUGAUUAACAGUCCAAUUUGAUUUAUAAAUUGGCUAAAAAAUUAAUUACAAGUUAUUGAUUUAACUCGUUGUUGUCAUGACGUUAUUCAUUGUUUUAUGGUUAAUUGCAUCCUUGGUCAUUGGUCUAUUUGGUUUGAUUCUAUUUUUUGAUGGUAAAAAGUUGCCACCUUGGCUUACAGUAAUUUAUAAGUAUGGUAAAUUGCUCCGUGAUUUGAACAAUGAGGAGCGAUCAGUCUCUGGCUUACUACUUAUCAGAUGGAUUCAAGUUCCUAAAAGAUAUUUCUCACAUUUUUAUGGCAUCGCUGUGAUACUUCAUUUAAUAGUGCUGUUGUCCAGUUUAUUUCAUGUGGAUAGUGUACGUCAAAUCCUCAAUACACCAUUGAAUCUUCUUUUUGGCGCUUAUAAAUAUGAUGGCGUCAACGUUUAUUUAUUUUUCCUUCUCUCCAUGAUUCACAUUUUUCGGCGGUUCAUUGAAAGUGUCUUUAUCGCUGUUCCAUCAUUUGCGAAGAUUAAUCUGAUUCAUUAUUUAACUGGCAUUGGAUUUUAUAUAAGCAUAGCUUUGUACAAUGCAAAUAACUUAUUUUCCACAGUCUUAAUCACUCAAGACCGUCCCUAUCUCUAUACCGUUGGAUUGAUUUUUUAUGUGAUUGGCCAAGUCCUUCAAUUCCAUAGUCACAAAAUUUUAUCCGAAUUAAGAAGAAGAAAUGAUAAACCAAGAGGAAAAGCUGGUUACUACCUUCCACACGGAGGCUUAUUUGAAUUUGUAUCAUGUCCAAACUAUUUCUCUGAAUUAGUAAUUUAUUCUGGACUAUACAUGUUGACUAAUUUAAAUGCCAACUGGUUGGCUAUAUUGAUUUGGGUUUAUUCUAAUCAGAUUGUGGCAUCUCUGUUAAACCAUAAAUGGUACAAACAAGCCUUUGGAAGUCGAUAUCCGGCCCGAAGAAAAGCGAUUAUCCCUUAUAUUCUGUAAUUUAAUCUGCAAAUCUAUUAUUCAAUACCAAUUUCGCACACGUUACUAUUUCAUUUCCAACUUUUAACUUAAUAAAAUAAACAUUAUUUUUCAUUCAA